AUGCUCGUCAUCUUCUACAUUGCAGUUGGGGUGCUCCUUCUUCCCUCUACUCUUCCUCAAGAUGUUGAAGAUUCUACGUCGAAAACGCUAUGUACAGGCGGCACAUAUAAUGAGGAAUACAUUCGUGACUACUUUGUCCAUACCAUCAACAAUCACCGCUAUGCACUGUUAAGAGGAUCUGAACAGAAUGGGCCGUGGAAUGAAACAGCAAAUCGGAAGAAGUUCCCACUAGCAAAGACUAUGAAUAGAAUAGAGUACGACUGCAACCUUGAACAGAAGGCUUUUGCUCUGUUGGGUCAGUGCUGUUCAACGGACUUUCCUUCCGGUCCAGCUGGAACGGCAGCCAUAUACUACGAUACUGAUCUGGACGGCUCUGACGACGCUGACUUGUUCAAAGCUGUUUGGCAUUGGACUAAAGAGAUAAGUAAGUUCGCGGUCAGCGAUGAUGCUUUUACCGCCAAACAAGUUGUGUACAGGAACGACGAUUGGAGGUUGUAUGACUAUUUGAACCUAGUGAGAGCCGCCAGCUCUAAAAUUGGAUGCGCGGAUAUAACUUGCAGACGCAGGGAUAUGAGAAGAUAUAGGGCAGUCUGCCUGCUCAAUAGGAAUCCCCUCACGGAUCGUGAUAUCAUCUACAAGACAGGAUUAGGCGGAUGCAAUAAGGGAGAGACGUGUCAGAGUGGAGUCUGCGAUCAGUUUGGAUUUUAUACCAUAUCGCCGAAGCUGUUCAUAGCUGCAUUGCAAUGGAUAAUGAAUUCACUUGCUUGGGAAGAAAGGGGCAUACGCGUUGACGGAAGAUUCCUCUCGAACCCUCGUUUUGAGGACUGCAUCGUUCCCUUUUCGAGAAGUACCAAUGAAGCAGAGACGAUGCUUAAGGAAUUGAACGAAGGAGAGAAGAGAAUAGGAUUUCGAAUAAACCGAAAGAAGGCUCAGUUCACAAAGAAAGUCUUCUGCGAGGGUGGAGGAGUACAACUUAAAGGCUCUCAAAUUGUGGGAACUUCGUCAUACGUAUUCUUUCGACGUUCUAUGAAUAUGGAAAACAACAUAAAGGAAGAACUGAAUACAAAGAUGAGAAUAGCGUUGGCAGAAUUCGCAACCGUCAGGGAAGCUAAAGACCAAAUGACAGAAAAAGAUCUGCGUGGCCAUCUGUGCGACUCCACAUCUCUUACAGCGCUCUGUUACGCAGUGAAGAAUUGGGCAGACACCCCUGCCACAUCUAGAAAACUACUCACUAGCCCUUAA